UCCUCCUCCUCCUCCCGAACGAGUCUGGCCGGAGUCUGUGGCUCAAAAUGGCGGCCGCGGCGGCGGCCGGAGCAAACCGAGGAGGGGGUAGUAGCGAGAGCCGCUGAGGCGGGCCGGCCCCUGCAGCCCAGCCGGAGAUCAUGGAGGCUCCGGGCUGCAGCUGAAAGACGCGCUCGAAAUGGAGGCAAAGAACCUACCUGAGCCAUGUCUUGAAGUUUUAUAAUGGAUUAUGGAACUGUGUGCUGAUGAGCCAGCAAGUGGAAUGCCUGAGUGACUGAAGAAAAUGGGUGCUAAUGCUUCGAACUACCCUCAUUCGUGUUCCCCAAGGGUAGGGGGAAAUUCUCAGGCACAACAGACAUUCAUAGGAACAUCCUCCUAUUCUCAUCAAGGCUAUGGCUGUGAAUCGAAACUGUAUAGCCUUGACCAUGGCCAUGAGAAACCUCAAGACAAGAAAAAGAAAAGCUCUGGGCUUGCCACCCUCAAAAAGAAGUUUAUUAAGCGCCGAAAGUCUAGCCGGUCUGCCGAUCAUGCCAAGCAGAUGCGUGAGCUACUCUCAGGCUGGGAUGUUAGAGAUGUCAAUGCGUUAGUGGAAGAGUAUGAAGGAACAUUAGCCUUAAAAGAGCUUUCUCUACAAGCUAGUUUGGCAAGACCAGAAGCCAGAACGUUGCAGAAAGACAUGGCUGAACUGUAUGAGUUCAAAUACUGUACGGAUGUUGAUCUAAUAUUUCAAGAGACUUGCUUCCCUGUGCAUCGUGCAAUUUUGGCUGCAAGGUGCCCGUUUUUUAAGACCCUACUUUCUUCUUCACCAGAGUAUGGUGCAGAGAUUAUAAUGGAUAUCAACACAGCUGGCAUAGACCUGCCCAUGUUUUCUGCAUUGUUACACUACUUGUACACAGGAGAAUUUGGAAUGGAGGACUCGAGAUUUCAAAACGUUGACAUCCUUAUGCAGCUCAGUGAAGAAUUUGGAACGCCAAAUUCUUUAGAUGUUGAUAUGCGAGGGCUGUUGGACUACAUGUGUUACUAUGAUGUGGUUCUCAGCUUUUCAUCUGACUCUGAACUGGUUGAAGCUUAUGGUGGAAGUCAGAGCUGCUUAGAUGAGGAGCUCAGAGCGCACAAAGCUAUAAUUUCAUCACGGUCCCCGUUUUUUCGACAUCUACUACAGCGGAGAAUACGGACCGGUGAAGAAAUCACAGAUCGAACGCUAAGGACUCCAACAAGGAUUAUACUGGAUGAAUCUAUCAUACCAAAAAAAUACGUGAGAGUGAUUUUAAACUGUAUGUACACAGAUUUGGUGGACCUCUCUAUUUUGCACAGCAGUCCCUCAGUGGGGAGUUUAAGCGAAGUUCAGGCUCUUGUAGCAGGAAAGCCAAACAUGACAAGGGCUGAAGAAGCUAUGGAACUUUACCACAUUGCUCUCUUCCUGGAGUUCAAUAUGCUUGCGCAAGGCUGUGAGGAUAUUAUCGCUGAGAGCAUCUCACUAGACACCUUUAUUGCCAUUCUCAAGUGGAGUUCUCAGCCGUACGGCUCCAAGUGGGUUCAUCGCCAAGCACUGCAUUUCCUCUGUGAGGAAUUUACACAGGUCAUGACUUCAGAUGUCUUUUAUGAACUCGGCAAAGACCACCUGCAAACUGCCAUCCAGUCUGACUACUUACAGGCGAGUGAGCAAGAUGUCCUGAAGUAUCUUGUUAAAUGGGGUGAACAUCAGCUGAUGAAAAGAAUAGCAGACCGAGAGCCCAAUUUGCUGAGUGGCACAGCUCACAGUGUGAACAAGCGAGGUGUAAAGAGGCGAGAUCUUGACAUUGAGGAACUGAAAGAGAUCCUUUCUCCUCUCCUACCGUUUGUCCGUAUUGAGCAUAUUUUGCCUAUGAACAGUGAAGUCCUGACUGAUUCUAUGAAGAGAGGUCUCAUCAGCACUCCUCCUUCGGAUAUGUUGCCGACAGCGGAAGGUGGAAAGUCAAAUGCUUGGCUGCGACAAAAGAAUGCGGGCAUUUAUGUGAGGCCAAGGCUGUUUUCACCAUAUGUGGAGGAGGCUAAGUCGGUUCUAGAUGAGAUGAUGGUGGAACAGACUGACCUGGUUCGUUUACGGAUGGUUAGAAUGUCCAAUGUGCCAGAUACUCUCUACAUGGUAAACAAUGCCGUUCCGCAGUGCUGUCAUAUGAUAAGUCACCAGCAAAUAAACAGUAACCAAUCCAGCGCUCCUUCAGUUGUAGCCAAUGAAAUCCCAGUUCCUCGUCUCCCUGUUGUGAAAGAGAUGGUCAAGCGGCUGCAGGAGCUCCGCCAUACCGAGCAGGUGCAAAGAGCUUAUGCUCUGAACUGUGGAGAAGGGGCCACUGUCAGCUACGAGAUUCAGAUCCGUGUCCUGCGGGAAUUUGGACUUUCUGAUUCUGCCGCUGAGCUCUUGCAGAAUCCUCACAAGUUCUUUCCAGAUGAGCACUUUGGGGAUGAAAGCCCGCUCUUGACCUUGAGACAGCCGGGGCGGUGUCGCGUGAACAGCACGCCCACAGCGGAAACCAUGUUUACAGAAUUAGACUCUUUUGUGGCCUUCCAUCCACCGCUGCCCCCUCCCCCGCCUCCUUACCAUCCGCCGGCUACUCCAAUCCACAAUCAGUUCAAAGUCGGCUGGAAGCAAAGGGCCCAGAGCCAGCACCCCUCGCGUUCCUUUUCUUACCCCUGCAACCAUUCCCUGUUCCAUGCCAGAACAGCACCGAAAGGCCCCCCUCCCAUCUACCUGUCUGGUGUCAAAGCCACACCUCCCGAUUGCACUAACACUACAGGACUGGGAAGACAAACAGUUGCUGCCGCAGCAGCUGUGAUGGCUGCUGAAAAGCAAGUAGGUACUCAACCUGUGCUCAAUGAACUGAUGCCAGAUAUCGCUAUGGGUGUGUCGACAAUGUCUCUGAAGGACAGGAGGCUGCCAGAGCUCACUGCUGACACAGAACUGAGCCAGCCUGUUCUGGAGGUUGGGCCAGGAGCAGCCCAGCACAUUUCAUGCCUUCAGACAAGGCACAUGCACAGUUCCCGGAAAAAACAUUCAGUUGAACAAAAACUGGAUUCGAGAGAGAAUCCGCAGGAAUACCCAGAUUUCUACGAUUUCUCCAACGCUGCAUGCAGACCGUCUACUCCUGCCCCCAGCAGGCACACUCCUUCACCUUCUCAAGGUAUCUAUUUUGGCCCAGAUUUGUACAGCCACAAUAAAGCAUCACCCAGCGGCUUAAAGGCCACCCACUUACCUAACCACAUCUCUCCAAAAAAGCUUGAAGACUCUUGGAGGGAGUAUGCACUUUCUCAAGAAGGGCAUCCGCAUAAACAAAAGAAUGAACCGAUACACCUCGAUGUCUUAGAACAACCUCCCCAGCGGUUGGACUUGGCAUUGGCUGCCCAAGAGAAUGCUGGAAAUGGCCCAGUUCACGCAAGGGGGCGAACAAAAAUAGAAACUGACUUAACCUAUGGGUUAACCUCUGGCCGGCCUUCUCUGCCUGCAUACAGCUCAGAGAUCCAUGAAGAGCAGUCCGGCCGGAGGCUGGCAGACCUUGAGCCCUUGGAGCAUGAAGCACAGAGAAAUGUGGAUUUGGAAAGGGAAGAGGCAGUAAGCAGAGGAAGGAGGUCUCCCAGCAAACCAGACUUCCUGUACAAAAAAUCUGCCCUCUGAAAACCACCUCCACUUCUUCUCUGUGCCUAAGAGUCAUGAAAUAUCCAGUCUUUGCCACCUCUGGCCUGACUUUGGUUCAUUUAUUGCCAGCUGCCACAUCACUUUUUUAAUUAUUAUUUUUGUACAUACAUGGCUUCCUUAGAGAUGGCAUGCUACCAGUUUGUUUGGAAUGCUGCUCCAGAGUUUGUGUCCGGAACAGAUUUUGUUAAGCCUCUUAAAAAGAAAAAAAUAGCCGGCACCUUUAACAAAAAAUGAAAGGUAGCCUUUUGCACCUGUACAUUAAUUUUAUUUAGUUUUUGUACUAGUAUGUUAAAACUUGCUGUUAUAUUUAAAGGACAAUGUUCAUGCUCUCUUGGGUGGCUUUUAAAAAAAGAAUUCACCUUCCGGCUUCCUGUGCGCAUUGGGUUUGCGCACUGAGAUAUGUAUUUUCUUAUCAAAUGGUGACAAUGUCUGUCUUUAUUUUUGAAUGACUAUAGGAAUUCCAAAGAACAGCACAUCUAAGUAACUGCUCUGGUUCAGUCUCAAGCCUUCCUGGUCUACCACUAGUGCAAGAAUCCAGCCUAAUACGUUUGUUCUGUUUACCAAGUCCAUGGCAGCUGGCCUUCAUCUUGAUGUAGCAAGCCCUCACUGAUGUUUGUGGCCAAGGUUUUCUGUGGAAGUGAGGAGUAUAACUCUCUUUGGGUUCCUUGAAAUCUUCUCUCUCUCUCUUUCUCUCUCUCUUGCAGGCGUUGGGGGCUGACAUAACACCUCUGAGAAGCACUUAGUUAACUCCUUUUGUUGGAAUACACCUGGUACUGCAAAUUGUGACAGUACUGUAAACACUCUCAUCAAUUUUUCCUUUGAGUAAGGAUAUGCAGGUAUGGGAAGGUUUUGUACCAACCCAGGACAGUGAGAAGAUGCUGCAUAACACCUGACUUUGGUGUUAACGCUCCAUCUCCUUAGAGGAAGCUGCCUGUCUCCAGUAGAGGCACCCAAAGGAGUGCUUUCUGCCUUCUUUCUUCCACCUGUGAUUAAGCAACCACAAGGGCUUCAACCUUAGUGAUGUCACUGAGGGCUCCUGGACCCCGUGAGUCUCUUGCUUUGUGGACGGAAAUCACAAAUUGAAGAGGAACGCCUAAGGCUUAAAUUAGCUGUAAGCAAUUUAGCACUUAAUUUCUUCAUCCCAACCUCUUCCGUGUGUGCACGUUUGGUUUUGUCUUUUUAAAAAGACUCUGGGGACUCCGUGCUUUUAUGAACACAAAGUAAAGAGACGGGGCCGAUUGCUUAGAAACGCCCAUUGCUGCUAAUGAUGGCCAUUUGGGCUGUCAGCAGUUGUAUGCACCCACCAUGUCUUUUCUCAUGCAAGUAUUGGGAAAGCCCCAGUGCUGCUGUGUGGCAUCUCCUAUUACAGGCCUGAUAGGGUGGCCAGCUCUAAAAUGCAGAUCUUCCAUCACCAGAAGACCUCAGUCAGAAUAUUAACUAAAGGCUGUUCUAACCUUAAAUCUGACUCUUGAUUUUAGAUACUUGACGCUGUUUUAAAUGUACACUUUUUCAAUGUUUAAUCACACUUUUGUUUUCAGCUCUAACAAGAGCACCAGCUCCUGCCUUUCAGUUGCUGUGUCCUAUUUCUUUUAGGGGGCAAACACUGUUAAAGCAAACAGAAGUUCUGGAUCCUUGAUGGAUAGUGUGUAUGAGUGAGAGACUGUCUUGUCCAGAAUUUUCACACUACAUUAACUUUGCUACAAUGGUGCAAAUGCAUAAAGCAUAAAGUCUUCUAUCCUCUGCCUUUUUAAUUUUGAGGACAAGGGAAGAUGAGAAUCUACUAUAUCAUCUUGUCUAGUGCUUUUUAGCUGUCUUUCAUGGUAUAGGAGAAGUUUGUGAGAUUGGCUUUGCCUUCCAGAGAAUUUUGGGACAAGACUUACCUUUGAUCCACCUACUCAUGCACACCGAAUAUAUCUUUAAACCCACUCUUCCAAACAAGAGCACACAGAAACGUCCAUAUUCUAGGUUUUAGAUAUUCUGUUAUUUCAAGUAGGUCAUUUUGUCCAUGUCUGAAACAGAGCCUGUUUGCUUCAGUACGUUAGUAGUGUAAUGUGUGCCUAGCUCUGUCUGUGAGUUACCCGAGGGGUAAAUUCUUGAUCUCAAUAGUGGCUAUAGAGUUGGCUGAAAUAAUCCACCCAGGUUUAGUUUACACAUGGUUUUUACUGUGGAAUAAGCUUUGUGAGAAGCUAUUUAGGUGCAUAUUGGCUCCCAGUGAACAAAACGUACCGCUUUUGGAGUCAGGUAGUUGCCAUUUCAGACCAUUGGAUGACAUUCUAGAUGAAAGCAAAUCCUUGUAAGAGACAGAAUUUUGUAGCAUACCUUGAGAUAACAGAGUUAUUUAGACAAUGUAAAACAACUUGUAUUAAGUCAGAAAGCGGGGUGCAAAUGUUCCCAGAGAAAUUUUUGAGAUGGCAAGAAACUGGCUUCUUUACCUCUAUGGCUUUAAUUAAGAACUUGCUGUUUCUAAUGUGUCAACAAAACUCUUCUCGGAUUCUUUGACUUAUUAAAGUAGAUCAGUUUCCCAGCAGUGGUCAGAUUGAGUUUGAUCAGUUUUAGCAGGACCUCUGGGUAGCUCAUUUAUUCAUCCAGUGUCAUUCAACUCCUCUUGCACUUCCUUAGGAAAAGGCGGAUUUUGAUAUCUAUAUUUUGUAAACGGCAUAUGAGCAACUGGCCAACUAAAGCCAAACUUUAAUAUCCAUGAUUUGAUAGAGCAGGAGUCGCCAACCUGGCGACAUUGGGUACCGUGUUGCCCACAAAGGCUUUCGUUUGUGCCCCUGGGCAGGUUCCCCAGACUCCCAAGCUUUCUUUUUU